UCAAAUGAGGCCAUGUACCAACUCCAUCCCAUCAACUCCAACUCUCAUUGCAUACUGCUCAAACUAUUUAUACACAUUCAGGCUCCACUCGAAUCUGCAACAAGAUCACCAUCUCACAGCUGACCUUCUCACUUCUCUUCUCAACGCCCCUCUUCACAAAACCAAAAUGCCCAAAACUCCUGUGCUUAUCUCCAAAACACUCAAGGCCACCAUCUAUCUCCUGUUGCUUGCCAUCACCCUCAAAUGUGCCAACUCAGCCCGGAUCCUUGACGAAGUGGAACCACAACCUCCGAUCGAAGCAGAUGCCCCUGAUGCAUCCGAUCCGAUGGCAACAGAUGUCUCUGAUGUGACACCUGUGGUGAACCCUGCCACCCCAUUACCAAGUGGACAAAUUCCAGCCAAUGCAGGUGCUGUGGCACCAGUAGCUGGCCCUUCCACCACGUCACCAAGUGGACCAGCCCCAGUUGUGCUGCCUAGCACCACGGUGGCUCCUACUGCUGAUGUGCCCGAUGCCGUGACAACGGCGCCGGUGGCAACCCCUACCACCACAUCAGCUGGUGGGACUGCUACGGUUGCCACCAGUAGUGCCGCUGUCACUCCUACUGUUGAUGUGCCUGAUACCGUAGCAGCACCUGCAGCUGCUGUGGUGCCAGUGGCAACUCCUGCUGCUGCAUCAGCUGGUGGGACAGCUACAGUUGCUGCUGCAUCAGCAAAUCCGGACCCACAACACCCUGCAUUGUCCUUCUUCAUGCAUGAUAUCCUAGGUGGAUCACACCCAUCAGGCAAGGUGGUCACCGGGAUUGUGGCCAACUCUGAUCUCAACGGCACUCCUUUCUCCAAACCCAGCAGUCAAGUCCUCCCAACCAAUGGUGGUGUCCCACUGGUAAAUGGUGCUAAUGGCAUCAUCAACAGUAACAAUGCCCCAUUCCUCAUAGGCCUCAAUGGUUCACCAACCUCCAUACAAAACAAUGGUAACAACAAUGUACCCGUGGGUGGCAACUUACCAUUUGUCACAGCCGGUCAACUUCCAGCUGGCACAACCCUUCAACAGAUCAUCUUUGGUUCAAUCACUGUGGUUGACAACGAAUUAACCGAAGGGCACGAGCUAGGAUCCUCUGUGCUUGGUAAAGCACAAGGAUUCUACUUGUCAAGCUCAUUGGAUGGUAGCAGCCACACGAUCAUCCUAACAGCAUUGUUCCAUGGUGGUGAUCAUGAGGUAGACGACACCAUUAGUUUCUUUGGGGUCCAUCGCACGGCCUCACACGUGUCACAUCUUGUUGUGAUUGGUGGAACUGGCAAGUAUGAGAAUUCAAAAGGGCAUGCCACCAUUGAGACAAUUCGUCAUGAAGAUCAGCACACCACAGAUGGUGUGGAAACAAUCACCCAGUUCAAUGUUUAUCUCACCCUCUAG